CUCGACUAGAAUUGCUUCCACGUCGAAGUCGGUUACUAUAUAACAGUUAUUCAUUUAUUCCUAACCUCACUUUUCAAAAUUCCCGCUUCGUGCUCUUACGUAACUCGGUGAAAUGAUGUGAAUGAUGACGAUUUUUAAAAACUCAGUGCAAGUGAAAUGUGAUAUUUUCAAACAAAUACUUUCAGUAUUCAUUUUUUUACCUAUUCUGGAUUAAAACAAGGGCCACAUCGGAGACGUUCCUUUUGAAAGUGCCGUUGGCUGGAGUAAAAAUCAUUUUUCUGCCGCUACCAGUCCUUGGUCUACCGCAAUCAGGCAUUCUAGAUACUGUGAUGAUGGCACAAUGGACCAAGACGUAGAUGGAGAUGGUGCGAUUAACCUUUCUACAUCGCAAAGACCAUCGGCGGCAACCACUCCAAACGAUAGCGUCCAUAAUGAAGACGCUGAACAGGCUGCCUCCUUAGAAAAAGUUCUCAAGGAACAACAACAACAUCAACAAUUAGAACUGGAGCGAAGUUGGGAACAAGAAAGAGACGUUAAAGGUAAUGGAAGCAGCAGUCCAAAUUCUGAUCAUAGAGUGCAAGACCACUCUUCUCCACCUUCAACGGACUCGCAGAAAAGUCUUAGUGCCACCGUACCACCUGCCACCCAGUCGCAGACUGCAGGUCCACAUAUAAUGUCUUCAACAUCCAACCUUCAUCAUAUGCAACAGUUACUUCAACAACACGUACUAAAUCCCACUCAAUUACAAACCUUAAUGAAACAACAUUCAUUAUUACAACAGCAACAACAUCAGCAACAUCAAUUAGCAGAAUUAGGAAAGAAACAAAUUGAACAAACAAUGCAACAGUUGCAAGAGCAACUCCAAUUGAAUCUCAUUCAACAAACACAUAUCCUUCAAAGUACGGAUAAAAAGAAAGCUUCCGGUUCGUUGCAACAACUCGCUCUUCAACAACAGCAACUUAUACAGCAACUUCAACUCAUGCAAAGACAAUACGUUGUGCAUCAAGGCAUGGGUAUGCAGCCUCUCAUGCUUGCUCAAGGACAAGGUCUUAAUUCGCGAGAAGUCCUGAGUCCUUGGAAGGAAUUGAACGAACCACACAUUACUAAUUCAAAAUCCGAACUAAAUGACGGUUCACCAGGAUUGUUGGGAGUGGCGUCAAAUCGUCCCAGCAGAGAUGAAGCACCUUUAGAAGAUAAAUUAGAACGGACUACAACGCCGGAUCGAGUCCAUCAUUUGUAUGGCCACGGUGUCUGCAAAUGGCCAGGCUGCGAAAUUAUUUGUGAAGACCUCCAAGCAUUUAUAAAGCAUUUAAAUACGGAACAUACGUUAGACGACCGAUCAACCGCUCAAGCUCGUGUUCAAAUGCAAGUAGUUUCGCAACUGGAACUCCAGCUGCAAAAAGAACGUGACCGUUUGCAAGCCAUGAUGCACCAUCUUCAUUUGUCAAAACAAUUAAGUUCUCCUGAACCUCAUAAAGAUGGUUCAGUUGUAACACCUACAAAAAUGGCCGUAAACACAUCGUUAUCUCAACCGUCAGUAUCAAUAGGUCCCAUGGUGUCCGCAGUUCGAUCUCCUGUGCUACAUUCUCCUGCUGCCAAUGUCGCCGGUCCAAUACGAAGGCGGCUAAAUGAUAAAUCAGCACUUUCGUUAGCAGGAGGUCUUCCGUACAUGCUCGAGAGGGCAGGGCUUGAUGUCCAACAAGAAAUACAAAGGAACAGGGAAUUUUAUAAAAAUGCUGAUGUGCGACCUCCAUUUACUUAUGCUUCAUUAAUACGCCAGUCAAUUAUAGAAUCCCCGGAUAAACAAUUGACUCUAAAUGAAAUUUACAACUGGUUCCAGAACACUUUCUGUUACUUUAGAAGAAAUGCAGCGACUUGGAAGAACGCGAUACGCACCAAUCUCUCACUCCACAAGUGUUUUGUGCGCUACGAAGACGACUUUGGGUCAUUCUGGAUGGUGGAUGAUGCUGAAUUCGUGAAGCGCCGCCACCUGUCGCGUGGUCGGCCGCGGAAAUAUGACCCAACCCCAUCACCCACUCCACCCCACUGCGCACAGGGCGCAACUUCGAAAAGCCCGACAUUAAAUCACAGUCCGACCCUGUACGGUGACCAUCUGUCGGCGAACGUGCAGUUUAUGCAGGCAUCGUUAAUGGAAGAUAACAAUUUAUCGUUUAUAACGGGGGCCUCGUCGUUGCCUAGCAGACCCAGAGACAGCUCCGAAUCCCCAGUACACGACACGCAUAUGAGGUCUCCUCCAAUGAACGGAGGUCUACACAUCAAGCAGGAGAGCAUGAUGAAUCAGGAGCACCACGUAACGCGAGAGCAGGAACAGAUGCAUCAUAUAAUCAAGCGCGAGAUUCAUUCGGAAUACGACGAGAUAGAGCAAGAGCACUCGCAGAGAGAUACCAUGGCUGAAGAUCUGACAAUUGGUUCCGAACAUAACGACACAAACGUACUGGACGCGUAGUGCGCGCAGUGUUCGAGAAUUCAUCAGGACAACUUCAAAUCUGUGCUCAUUUAAAUUCCCAAUUAGAAAAAUUGAAUUUCGUUUAGGAUGAAGUAGCAGCAUAUCUCAUCGAGUGAAGGAUGAACAUUGUUGGAUUUUGUACAUUUGUGUAUAAAUAUAGAACUGUUGAAUCUGCGAAUGGGAGUGUGUUUACGUACUGUUAAUUGUUUAGUACCUAAAGGUUGUCGGAUGUUGUAUAAUCAGUAUGCGUAUAGGAUAUCUCAUUUGAUUUUUUUAUUAUUAAUACAGGGUUCUUUGUUACUUGGUGGACUCGGCGUUGCCUAAUUUUUACGAACAGAUGAACUGUUACCAACCGUACGAUCAGUUUAUUUUAGCAUAUCAGUUGCUAUGUGUGCGCCACAAAACAGGGAAAAAACCGAACUAGUAGGUAAAGCCAACCGCACUGACGUGUUCGUAUUAUUUGUGUUAGAAAAAUAUCGUUGCGCUCAUAUAGUGAUGUAAAAUAAGCAAUAUUGUAAAUUAUUUAUCGUUAAGCAUUCGUGCUAUUAUAUUCUAUCUUUAAACGAAGGGAAAUUUAUUCCAUAUCAUUAUCUAAAGUAAAUCAUAUAUCAGUGUAAAAAAGUAGUAGAGACGUUUUCCUAUAUACAUACAUUAGCUAAUUUCGGUCAUUUUAAUUCGCCAAAUAAUUCUCACAUUGAUUAUUUAUUACAAUUAUACUUUAAUUAAUACGAACUUUGCCAAAUACAUUCGCGUUCAUGUGAUAGUACCUUAGUUCAGAUUGAUUAACUAUUAUAAUUAUAAAUAAAAAUUAUAGAUAAGUAUUAAACGUGGCCAUUGCAUGGAAGAUGAUUUAUUUGCUACAAUAUAAGUUGGUUGAGUGUAAAUAUCGCCGAAAUUUUGGCGGAAAAUUCCUGUCUAUCGGCCCUAUCAGCCUUACAAGUAGCAAUGCCUACAUAUCAUAUCUACUAGUUUUAUUGGCAUUACCGCUCCCCCCAUUUUUAUAAAAGGUGGAUCGAGCUCUCCUGUCGGGGUAUUUUCUACUCAACUCUCGAUAAUUGUGUAAACUGUAGGUACUGUAUCUUUCUUUUUUUUCAUUUGUUACAAAUAAUUAACAUUAUUUACAAUAAAACAAGCAAUAAGGUU